ACCAGCUCGCAAUCUCAGCGACAGAAUUCUACCUCUACAUGGAAAAGGAAGUCAGUUACUACUGAUGUCAGUGAAGCCUUUAACAUAGGGACGGUUCAGAGGGAUGUGAAAAUCUUAGGGACCUUACAGCGGCAAUCGAACCGCUGGUUCCGACCAACCAACUGUGGAAAUUAACAACUCCUUUUAUAAAAUAUACAUGUAUAUAAUUUACUCACAAGCCCUCCUUUUUUAUUUUAAUUGUUUUAGUAUUGGAACACUGCGUGUGAUGUUUAGGCUGGUUCAGCAAUGGUUUGAUUCAUUGACUUAAGAGCUUUAUGGAAAACUGUCUACACUGGUGGGCGCAGAGAUUGUGGGGAGCAACUGCAGGAGAUGUUAGACAGUUACAUCAAUCAGAAACAUCAAGGGCUAUGAUUUAAGCCUUAGGCAAUCGUAUUGAUGCACAGAGGCAGUAGGCUGAGGAUGGAUUUUCUGUAUCUCCUGGCCUUCACAAUCAUCUUUGGACAGUGCACUGGCAUAAAGGGUCCUCCAAGGAUUGUGAAGAAAGUGAUGAGCCGGCAGGUGGUGAAGCUUGGCCGCACAGUCAGGUUGGCCUGUCCUGUAGAGGGCGACCCUCCCCCGCUGACCAUGUGGAUCAAGGACGGACGCACCAUCCACAGUGGCUGGACGAGGUUCCGAGUCCUCCAGCAUGGGCUCAAAAUCAAGGAGGUGGAAGUGGAAGACGCUGGAGUGUACGUCUGCAGAGCAACCAAUGGGUUUGGCAGUAUCCAUCUCAACUACACCCUCAUCAUCAUCAGUAACAGCAGCAGCAGUGUGAGCAGGGGUCAGCCCCUUCCUGAGGGAUCGCAGUCAGACUUUGCAAGUGAGGACUCCAUUGGAAAGCAGCUGGUGAAACCGAGGUUCACGCAGCCCAGCAAGAUGCGGCAGCGAGUGAUAGCGCGGCCAGUCGGCAGCUCGGUGCGGCUCAAGUGCACGGCGAGUGGGAACCCGCAGCCCAACAUUGUGUGGUGGAAGGACGACCAGCAGCUGUCGGAGAGCAAGAGGAACCGGUGGACCCUGAGCUUGAGGAACCUGAAACCGGAGAGCAGCGGCGAGUACACGUGCCGCGUCUUCAACCCGGCUGGCGAGAUCAACGCCACCUACAAGCUCGACGUGGUCGAGAGGACAAGAUCCAAGCCAGUUUUAACUGGAACUCAUCCAGUCAACACAACAGUAGAGUAUGGAGGUACCACGUCUUUCCAGUGCAAGGUGCGCAGUGAAGUGAAGCCUGUGAUUCAGUGGCUGAAACGCGUGGAGUAUGGGACCGAGAGCAAGUACAACUCCACCAUCGAGGUCGGCGGUCAGAAAUUCGUGGUCCUGCCCGCGGGCGAUGUCUGGUUCCGCCCAGAUGGCUCUUAUCUCAACAAGCUGCUGAUAGCACGGGCAACGGAAGACCACUCUGGGAUGUACAUCUGUCUGGGGGCCAACACCAUGGGCUACAGCUUCCGCAGCGCCUUCCUCACUGUGCUCCCAGACCCCAGGAUUGAGAAGACAACCACCUCUUCGCGCGCUGCCAGUGGCUUACCGUGGCCAGUGAUCAUUGGAAUCCCAGCCGGUGCCAUCUUCAUCUCUGGCAUGAUCCUGCUUUGGUUUUGCCAGGCUCGGAGGCAUGGUUCUGUGCCACCCCCACACCGGCACCAGAGGGACUGCGUGGUUCUGGACAAAGACUGUGUGGCCAUCGGCAACCCAGAGUUCGCUGUGGCAGCCCAGCCUCACCUGCUGGUCCAAGCUCCCGGCCUGGUGCCCACCGUCACCCCCAAAAUGUACCCCAAGAUCUACACGGACUACCACACCCACACUCACGCGCACACAGAGGGCAAGAUUCACCAGCAUCAACACUUCCAUUACCAGUGCUAGCUGUGAAGGUCUGGAUCUGGUAGGGGGUGCUGUGCCAACCGGGAUGGGGUGGGGGGGCCUCUCAUGGAAGUAUGCCAAGUAUGAAAUGACACAUCGACUCCCAAUCUCGUUGCCCAUCAUGAAUUUUUCUUUCUCAAAUGUGAACCCACUGCCUCUUCAAGUGACGUCAAGUGGCAGAUCACCCCCAGCGUCCAAUCACCUUGGCUUCAAGGCUCGAGGGUAGGACAAGGACAGAAUCAGCCAUGUCUGGAGGACCUGAUUACCAAGAGAGAGGCGGCUACUGCCAAUGCCUGAACUGAACUAUCCCCAAGAGAUUCUGCCUUUGUUUGAUCUGUUUGUCUUGUUUCUGUGUGUUACUAAUCUCUCUGAACUGAUGGACCUGUCCGCUCCUCGUUUUCUGUGCAGUUCGGUUUUUAAUUUGUUUGAAAUGAGGUGUCCAGAAAUGUCUAAGGCAGAUAACAGGGCAGGCCUGGAUUUCUGGUAGCUCCCAGCCAGACGUUUGUGUCUCAGUUGGUUAAGGAUCCCUUUGCUUUUGAACACACUGAUGUUGUUGAUGAGCAGUCAUCACCAGCAAAGGAAGAAAAGUGUUAUAACUCAAGUCACUGUUUGACUCACCCGUCCAUCCCAGGCCGUCUGUUUUAGACUUGCUUCACGUAACAGCAUGGAAGGAACUGGGUCCUGAUGGUUAACGUUCGGCCAAUGCAGGGGAGGCAAUGACCUCGUGGCAUUAUCGCUAGCCUAUUAACCCAGAAACCCAAUCACGUUGCAAGGGCCUAGGUUCAAUUCCUGCCAUGGCAGAUGGUGUAACUUGAAUUCAAUAAAGAACGUGGAAUGAAGGGUCAAGUGAUAGGCAUGAAAACAUUGUUGAUAGUCAGGAAAAACCCAUCUGUCGCACUGACAUCCUCCAGGGACGGAAACUGCCAUCCUUUACCCGGUCUGGCCUACAUGUGACUCCAGACCCACGGCAGUGUGGUUGACUCAUAUCUAUUCCCUGAGCAGUUAGGGAUGGGGAAUAAGUUUCGGCCUAGACAGAGAUGCCCAAUUCCCACGAGUGAAUUAAGAAAACAUGAUGCAUCUUCUCCGUGUUUUAUUGAAGUCAUAUUUGUUGACAACCUCUAGUGUCAUUCAGAAACAAAGAUUCACAACCAGGUACAGCAAUUAUGCUUUUCUCCUGUACUGCCUAGCUCCUGCUGCAGUUCCAGGUAAAAGAAACUGGGGUCAGCCAACUGAAAAUCUCAGUUAAAACUUGUUUGCUCAGCUCCCUUGGUCUAAACCAGGCAAAUAUCUGUACACCUCUGCACUGAGAUAUGCAAGGGCGUGACUGUGUGUGUAUAUAUAUAUAUAUAUAUAUAUAUCUGCUCAACAGUAUGAGGCAGAGACAGCAAAAUAUGUACAAAGGAUGGAAUUGGAUGAUAUUUUCUCAUCAAAAUAUUUAUGAGAAGUCAAAUAAUUUUAUUAAUAAAAAAGGA